UAGUCACAGAGGACAUUCUACAAAUGGCUUCACAAGCGGAGUGUUACUGAUCUAAAAAUCUAAAUAUUCAUGUGUAAAAUCAGUGGAGUGUCCCUUUAAACAAAGUUUCAGCAUAAAAUCUUUUGUUUCUCCAUUUGGCCAGAGUGAACUUGGAGAGAAAGCAGAGGUUAUCUGACUCCGGUGCACUGAUAAGAAGUUGCAUAUCUCAUGAAAACUAUUCCAGAACAGAAAAUGGCUCAGGGAGCAAACCAAGCUGCGGUCUCUUGUGCAAAAGCUCUCACAGCUUUUGUUGAAAAUGGAAAAGCUCUGCUGGACCUCGCGGAGAAGGAGAGCAAAGAAGGCUCUCUGCAGGAAUUCAUCAGGCAGAAAAUCCGCAUUGAGCAAAAGCAGUCACUGCUGGGCCUGAUUGAAGCUGCUGCAGCCCUGUACAGAAGUCUGUCUGUUAAGAGGAAAAAGGAUGCAGAGGAUCUAUGGAGAAACAACAACCACUGUGAAACUUUGCAGGGUGCGGUGCAAGACUUUGAGCAGCUAGCAGUGCAGUGGGAUUCCUUUCUACAGCGUUUGGAUGAUGAGUUACAACUUAGUGCUAAGAUACUGGCUGGAGACCAUCAGUCAAAAUGUAUUUCACCAGAGACACCACUGAUCGACGCCAAAACAGGAGAAACAGUGACACUGGAGAAAUAUCUCAGGAAAGGUAAAAAGAUCCUGCUGGUGUUAAUCCGUCAGUUCUCCUGUCUGCUCUGCCGUCUCCAUCUUAAAGAUUUGGAGAAGAAUCAGAGAUGCCUGGAUGCACACUUGGUGGAAGUGGUGGUGGUUUCAUUUGGUUGUCAGGAGGGAGCUUCGCACUGGCUACAGGAGACAGGCUGUCAGUAUGACAUGCUAUUGGACCCUGAGAGAAAGAUAUACACUGCAUUUGGCCUGGAGGCAUCAAUGAAGAAAGUAUUAAACUUCAAUAACAUGCUGCUCUAUGCUGGAGUAUGUAGCAGACAAUAUGGAGUUUCCAAGAGGACUUCCAUCAAUACAAGACGACAUGUUUCAGCUGGGAGGAGACUUUGUUUUGGACGAACAUGGGAGGGUGCUGUUCUCUCACUGCUGCCAGAGUCCAAUAGACCGACCCUCAGUGGAGGACAUUUUAUCUGCACAGUGAAGAUUAAAGUCCUCCAUGCGCAACACAGAUUAAUUAGAGGAAUACAGAAACAGGUGAUGUCAGUCAGUCUAGAAUAAGAAUGAUUAAGCAGAGCUGUGAAAUGAUAAAUAUUGUGACAACCAGCUUAAAGGUGCUAUAUGUAAGUAUUUUAGUUUAAAACAUUAAAAUAUUAACUAAAAUUAUCAACAAAAUGUUAAGAAAUAAUAGUUUUGACACUGCAUCAAAGAUGUCUUUGUACAGAGAUUCCUAUUGAAGUUAGCAUGCUAACCAGCUAGCCCCACCCUGUCCCAUCGUGUAAUACCACUUUGUGCCUCAGGAGGCAAUAGUGAGUCACUGUAACGUCCAGUCUGUCCUCAGUCGAACAUAAGUCAUGUUAAACAUACUGCCCCCUGUUACACUAUUUAAGGACAGGUAGUCAAUCAGUAUAACAGUUAGAAAGUCAGAAAAGUCAGAAAUGUUACUGUACAAUUAAUGUUUUAUUUUUAAAGCAAAAUGGAUUGAGCUCAUUUUGUAAUGAAACUAAUACACAGCAUGAAUCUCUUCAAUAAAGACUUAUACUGUAAUUUCCAGAUUCGUAAAAUAUUUCACUUUAGGUCAGAGUGGUAUCACAUAUACAGCCCAGGUUAAAAACUAACACAGUUAUGCUUUAACACUGAACAUGUACUAGCUCAUUAAGGUGUUGAACUGUACUAUCUUUGCUGGUGCUCUUGUUAUUUUGUCCAUCUUUUGUCCAAAGACUGCACUAACAAACGUUGAGAUAAGAUACAAUAAAAUGGAGCUUUGAUCCAGAUGGACAUUUUUAUGCCCAAGAUGCUUGGUAUUCAAAGGAAAAUAAAUAUAUACAUCUAGUGUAAAUAUACUAUAUAGAAUACACGAGCAGAAUAAAAUUUAGGUAUGUAAAAAAUAUAAAAUAGAGGGAGAUACAAAACACAAAUUUAUAGUACGCUACAUGAGUGACAAUAAAGUUCCAGGUUACUAUCUUAUCAGUAUAUUACAAGCAUCAUGUUUUUAAGUUGGAAACUGCUUACACUGUCAUUAUGUUUCUUCAUUAUCUUCACUGACUACAUGUGCCCUCUUCAAGACCUUUUAUAUUACUCUUUGAAGCACAGAAAUUAGCAAUAUGUAUUUAAAGACUAAAGAGAAUUUUAAAGAAAAUAACAUCCAGUAGUUAACUAAAAUCACUAAGAUAAAUAAAAACAAAGGUAGUUGAAGCUGAUACCCUCAUAUGUUUUAUUUGAAAAGUAUCUGACAAAAUGUUUUGCCAAAGAACUCUUAUGUGACCUCAAAUGUGAGUAACACAUGUGUUCCUGAUGAUGAAACUAAAGGUUCUUCAGUAUGGGAUAAUAUGUGUCACGCUGCUUAAGGUCAAAAAAACACAAGAAACUGGCUCAAAUUCCAAGAAGAAAAAUCACAUAACAGAAAGGUUGCCUAAUCAGUUAUACCAUAGGAGGAGUUUCUGUCACAUGUGACAUACAUUUUUAGUUUUUGAGAGAGGAGAACUCAGUUAUCUGGAUUACAGUAUAUGUUGUUUCUCAGAAAUGCACCAUUUUUGGUUAAUGUUCACAUUAUGCUACAUUCUGACUACUGAAGGUCCUAAAGUGUGUAUGUUUUUGUAGGUUUCAUUCACCUUAGUUAUGAAAGACUAAGCACAGUCAUUUGGGGUUGCUACAAAUGCCCACUAAUGUUUAAUAAAUCCUAGGGGUAAUGGUACCCUGAGUGCUCCCUUUGAAGAGAGAGUUGUAAAAGCAAUAAGGUGGCUGCACUGUUGUGUUAUCUCCUGAAGAUGUUGUGCUUUUCUCCCACAGACAUAACUCCUACUGUUAGAUAGUGUGUACUCUGAAUUGCAUUUAAUUGAUCUCACGCUUGAGGAGUGUGGUGGGUCCGUUUGCAAACGUAUGAAUUAAACUUACAGAAAGACAA